GUACGUCACGGCACACUGUUCUAAAAGGUAAACUGGCAGUAAAGUGAAGUUGCUCGUGCCGACCAUUGGGCAGCGAUGAGGACGCUCUUUUUUACUUUCCUCACAUACUACGCUAUCGUUUGCUUUGUGCCGAGAGAUGGUAAAGCAGCGUCAUCGAGCCGAGGUUGCUUAAAGAUGCCAACAGAAGAUGAUGACUGUGAAAGUCCAACCGAUAAGUGGUAUUAUAAUCAACAGGAAGGAACAUGUGCGAAUUUCAUGUAUGGAGAUUGUCCAGCUGAAGGCAAUAAAUUUGACAGCAAGGAAGAAUGCCAAAAUACUUGCAAAAACGCAGGAGCUGGACAACAUAAGGGGGACCCCGGCAGUGGGGCUGUUAAGGGCUCCAGAGGUCGUCAGAGACCAUCGAGGCCAAGUGAUUCAAGCCAGGAGAACGCGGGCAGAGGGCCUAGGCGUCGCGGAAAACAAGGAUCAGAAGAAGGUGAGCCGGGUGGACACCAGGGUGGCAGAAGGCCGUCCAAGUUCGGCGGUUCUACAGGGGGACACAAUCGGCCAACACAUCAAAUCCCCAUUCGAAGGAAAAAACCCGCCGGUGGACAAAGGCGGCGGCCACCCCAAGGAUCCGAAGAAAAUGACACGGGCACCAGCAGCGAGUCUGUGAAAGGACACGGGGGCAACCGACGGCCACCGAUGCCGAGCGGACCGUACAGGCCGAAACCACCUAAGCGAACUAGACCAAAUUACCCUAGACCCGGCGGUGGAACAAAACAUCGGCCACCACCACCUCAGCGAGGUCCGACCCACGCAACCUGUGCAGCAAGACUAAGAAGGGGAAAUUGCGAUGAUAACGAGGGCAUGUGGUUUAAUGAUGGAGCAUUCUUCACUUGCGCUCGUGUGCCACCAGGAAACUGCCCUACCGUCGGAUCCUUCUUCGAAAGCUGUGAGGAGUGCAUGCGGAAAUGCCGCCCACACCAGCUCCGUACCUGCCAGUACAAGACCUGAUCAAGCGCCACAAGGCCACAAUAGACGUGGAUACGCUGACUUGCGCCGUAGAUUGCUUCAUUGUGUGGAAGUUCAUAAUAAAGAGCAUGGUAUGAGCAAAAUUGGACUGACAUGGUGUUCCAUCAUGUUAAUGGGUUCGUCUAUGAUGCCACAAUCUGCAGAAAU